UGAACUCAGGGGACAACUGGAUCUUCUUGUGUUUCGUCGCUCGACCUAUCGAUAGUUACUCGAUCUGCGGAAACUACCAUCGCAAUUACGAAGUUUCAGCCGAGCAUCGGGAUCUUCGACUGUAAACGUCGUUCGAUUCGUCGAUCGUACCUGCGAGAUCUGCUGCAUCUGCCAUCACGGAGUGUGAAUGAACACCGUUGAAAAUCUCUCAUCCCUCGGCGUAUAGCCUCAUCCGUCUUGUUUGAUCACACGUCGUUCUGCGAAAGCUACCGUCGUGAGUGAACUCGAAACGAAAGUCCCCCCCCCUCGGGACAGCUGGAUCUUCUUGUGUUCGUUGCUCGACUUAUCGAUAGUUGCUCGACUUAUCGAUAGUUGCUCGAUCUGCGGUACCUACCAUCGCAAGCGUGAAACCCGUAUGAAGUUUUCAGCUGAGCAGUCGGGAUCUUCGACUGAAACUUCAUCGUACCUCGAGAUCUGCGGGCGUCUGCCAUGUGUGAGCCCAAAUGAAGAUGUACCACGGCUGAGAACCUCCGAGGUCGCCCGACAGACGUCUACGUCGUUUUGUUGUCUCGCGCCAGGAUGUGCGGCCGGCUCCUCCGGAGCUGUACUCGCGAGCGGGAGUGUGUCAGGAACUGUGCAGGGCUGUCGGUGCGACGGUGAGUUUAGGAAGGAUGCUCGUGUACCACGACGCGACACACCGCGCGCGCUAGUUGCCGCCUCGGCCGCCCGGUAGCAGCACCGCCUCGGAGGAUGUCCCUGAAGGAGUCACACCGCGUCAAGAAGUGGGAGAUGCGCACUAUCCUGCGCGGCUCCUUGCGCAGGCUCAAGAGGAGCAACAGCAACGGCCAGGACCUGCUGACGGUGUGCCGCGAGCUGAACCUGGAGGACUCGCUGGAGGAGCUGAUGCGCGAGCUGGGGGCCGACGAGCACGGCCGCAUCUCCUACCAGGAGUUCCUGCGGCGGCGCCUGGCGCUCCGGCCCGAGAUCGACGCCCUGCGCGGCCGCGCGCGGCCCGGGCGCCGCAGCACGCCCGAGUACCUGCCCACCAGCAGCGACAACAGCCUGGGGGCGGCCUCGGCGGGCAAGCUGGAGAGCUGGGAGUUCGACUCGGGGGCGCGCGACCUCAGCCCGGAGCCGCACACGCUGCAGAAGCUGGUGGAGGCUGCGGGCGGCUCGCUCACGGCGGGCUCCACCAGCAACAUGCUCGACCUCGCCAACAAGCUCCACCUGGCGGCCCUCGCGUCCUUGAAGGGCGAGAUCCUGGACCUCUCCAGCCGCCUGCACUCGGUGACGCAGGAGCGCGACCUGCUGGACAAGUCCCUCAACAAGAUACAGCUGGAGAGAAUCCGCGACGCGGUGGACGCGGAGGAGAAGCUCGACGGCCAGGCGCAGCGCUACGAGGAGCGGCUGACGGAGCUGCACUCCGUCAUCGCCGAGCUCAGCCGCAAGAUCGACCGCCAGCGCACGCUCGUCAUACGCGAGGAGGAGGACGUGUCCGAAACUGAGGACCAGGACAUCAGCCGAGACGCGGAGGGCUCCACCACUCACCUGGCCGACGACUCGGAGCUCCAAGACGUCGACAGGACCAUCGGAGACGCGGAAUCCAGCACCGACGAUAAUGACAACCCCGUGCCGGAGGCGGAGGAGCCGGGGCCGCUCGACAAGGAGACGGCGACCUCAUGCCGCAGCCUGCAGGCGGCCGCGCUGGCGGAGGAGCUGGCGCAGCAGCGCGCGGACAACCAGGCCCUGCGCGACCAGCUGGCGCGCCAGGAGCAGGAGCUCACGGAGGCGCGGCUGCGCGGCGACCGCGAGCGCCAGCGUCGCAAGGCACGCGAGCUGGAGGGGGGGAAGCCCAAGCUGCCUGCCUCGCCUCCCCCGCUCUCCAGUCUGGCGGUGGUGCCCCAGGACGACAUGCCCGUGUGCAAGGUCGCAGAGAGGGUGAUGCUGCGUCGCAUGGACCGCCACAUCACGGGUUCUCAGCUCGCCUCGCUCGGGGUGUGCCACACGCGGGUGGCGGAGAGCCUGGUGAGCGAGCUGCAGGAGGCGGACCGGCAGGAGCUGCGCGGCAGCGAGGCGGCGCGUCGCCAGUAUGAGGCGGAGGCGGAGCGGCUGGCGGCGCGCCUAGAGCACGCCCGCGCCCAGAACACCGUGCUGGCGCUCACCCUGGAGGAGGCCAAGACCCAGGCGGACCGCCUCAGCCUGCUGGUGGGCAAGUACGAGUCCAACGCCACCGCGCUCAGGUUGGCUCUCGGCUACAGCGACAGAGCUAUCGAGGCGUACGACGUGUUGGUUGCACUGCUCGAGAGUGAGCUAGGCUUGCUGCUGGCGAAUUGUCGAGCUGCGGGCAUCGGCAAGCAACUCAACAUACGUGGGGAGGGGGUGGACGGCGACUUGGAGCCCUGCGAGGUGAACAGCAUCCUGCGCAGAGCUCGGGAGAACAGGAGGGCGGCGGAGACGGUGGCUCGGCACCUGCUCUCCCGGCUGGACAGCGUCUCGGUCAGCAACGCCAUCUGCCUCAGCGCAGCGCCCUGGGAGGAGUACAGCCACACCACCAGCACGAGCUCGUCGGGCGAGGGGGAGUGGGGGCAAGGGGAGGAGCGGCGGCUGCGCGACCACAUCGGCCGGUUGAAGACGGACCGCGCCACCGUGCGGGCAACCGUGGUGGAGCUGGAGAGCUGCCACGCCGAGCCGCCGGGGUCGCGCCAGGCCAUCUCGCUGGCCGAGGCGCGCAAGCUCGACCUGGAGACGGCCGUGCUCAUGCAGGAGCUGAUGGCGACGCGGGAGGACAAGGCGGAGCUGCGCGCGCGGGCGUACCUGCUGGAGAAGGAGCGCGCGUCGCUGGAGCUGAAGCUGGCGGCACAGGAGGCGCAGCAGGCGGCGCAGCUGGCUGCUGCGCAGCACCUGCGAGCCCAGCUGCAGGAGGCCGAGCAGCUGCUCGAAGCUAGGAACAAGGGAGUGACGAGCGAGAGCGAGGACGGAGACGCGGGCACGGACGAGCAGUCGGAGCUGGGCGCGGCGCUGCGCAGGGAGGCACGCCUCAAGGAGCGCGUGCAGGAGCUGGUGGGGGCGCUGGACACCGUCAGCCACGGCGCCGAGCUGCGGCAGCAGCAGUCCGCCGACCUCGUCACAGACCUCAAGAAGGCCAACAGUGCCCUUGUCCAAACACUGGACCGCUCCAAGAAGAAGUAUCAGUCCAGACUUCGGAAACUUGAGCAGCAGAUGCUUGCGAUGGUGGAUAGACACUCUACCCAGGUGAGAUGCUUAAAGCAGCGAGUUGCCACCCUGGAAGAGGAGCUGGUGCAAUGCAGGAUGCAUAGCUACCAACCCGUAACCACGCAGGGCAGCCACUCUCAGAGCUCCGGCGCGAGCGAAACAUCGUUGUGACGGCGAGACUGAAACAUGUUGUCACAGGUUCUCGUUGGCUCAUGGCUCGACGGCUUGCCGUCGCCUCCACAGUGACCCGUGGUCAUCAGUCUCCUUUAUUCAGUGUGACUGUAACAUAGGGCAAAUAUUUUUGUUAUCGUCUGUAUAGAUUGCCAUAAUUUUGGUGCCUCGUUCUUGCCUUUCUGCUGUAAGCAUGGGAAACCAAACCUAAAUCGAACCGAAACUGCUCCUAUGAUUUUUGCCACGAGACCAGAAAGACUGACCUACGUUGUUGCCAUGUUGGCAACUUGACAUUGCAUGUUGUUACAUCACACCUUAUGUUGGCAACUUGACAUUGCAUGUUGUUACGUCACCUUACUUUACACAAGAGAAGGGAAACACAAAUUCAGGAUGGUAUAAAAUGAAACUACCAGUUAUAACUGGUUUUUUAUUUUUGUGGGUUGCAGAAAGCAAAAUAUCACUGUGGAAGAGAUCAAAAUCUGAUAGUAAUAAACCUUACAAUUUAUUGCUGCAGCAUUACAAGUAGUUGAUCAAGAACUAAAUACUAAAUACUAAAAUAGUUUAUGAAACUUGUCUGAAAGAUGAGCCAAGUUGUGGGUCCGUGCCAAGAAAAUUAUUACUACUUCACUAUCAUCAAUCUAAUGUCAUUACAUUUUAUGAACGUCUAUUGGUUUGUUGAAAUGGGGGUUGACAUUUUCGAGGGUGGUUAGAAAUAUUAAUCUUCCCACAGGCAAUAUUUUAUCUGGUGUUGUGCCUAUGUAAGGACACAACCGCUGUCUCUACCUGUCUGGUGUGAUGUAAAGAUGAGUGGUAAACACAGGCAGAUCUGUCACUGUGAUGCCCUAUCAUCUUUGGCUUCAAACUGAAGAUGGACCCACAGCACAUCAAUUUCACAAAAGCAAAAGGGUCAGGAAAGUUAAAUGCCUACAUCUUUCUCUGUCCCUCCACCAUUCCUCCUCCACUGUUCCAUUAUUUUCCUCUCUCCUGCAAUCCUUUACAUAUCUGUUCUUCCCACAUCUUCCUUGGGACCUUCUUCUCUUCAACUCCAUAACUUUCCUAGGCAGCUUCUCUUUUCCCAUUCUCCAGACAUGUCAAUUAUUUUUUUUUUCCUAGAUCUCAUUCAAGUCUUGUACUCCUGCUCUUUCUUGCAUCAUCUCAUUCGUGAUCCUGUUUUACCUUUUCUUUGCUGACCUGGCCGCAGCAGAUGAUGAUGAUGAUAAUAACAAUAGAAGCAAACCACAAGUUUGUGGUUGAAUAUGGUUGUGUUGCCGUAACGCUGUCAGCAGGUACAUUGUAUAGCCCAGGCCUCUUGCCGUCGCCGGCCUACAACUUCAUCGGAGUUCAGUCGUGUACCUAGCGUUUAUUUGAAUGAACAAAGUGAACACACACCAUUUACUCCAAGAUUCUGGACUGCAGCCUGGUCCCAGUUUACAAGUGGGCCAACCAUAAUUUUCCCAAAGCACCAGUUUUUUAUAGGCAGAAGAAUUUGAGGUGCAAAAAAAAUUAAAAUUGUUACCGUAUAAUACUGCCAAGAACAGAGACAAGGGGAAUUGUUUGUUUAUGCUAACUUCUGCAGUGUUCUUAAACAUAUUAUGCCUUAAACCAAAUACUUUGGAAUUAGAUUUAAAAACUUGUUUAACAAUAUAAAGUGUACUGCAACAACCAUUUAUUAAAUUUAAAUAAAAAAAAACUAACAGCUAAAACCUUUGAACGACCUUGGUAUUUAGUUGAAUAAUGUGCUGUUGUAAGACUGAUGGUAAUUGAGUUUGAAUUUGUGAAAUUUUAUGAUGUUUGGGGGGAACUUGUAAAGGAAGAGGAUGGGUAAAGAUCGUCAACUCAGAACACUGGCUGCCUGAAUUCAGGGUCUGAAUACAGUAUGAAACUUAAUUUAUUAGUAUCAAUCUUAAGUCUUACACUGACUCAUCUUGGUUCAUCUGUCAGAAUCAGAACUCGUUCACAUUUACUUUAAAAUUUUUGAACCCGCCCCCAGACCCACACAUUACCUCAUUGUUAGCUGGUUGUUAUUUAUGUUAAAUUUAACACUAAAAUAGCAAAUGAACAAACUAAAUGCUAACAAAAGAGGCUAAAGCUUUGAAAGCUCAUAGAAUUAGAUCUUUAACAGCACAAAAGACACUUGGGUAUGAAUUUACUCUACAUAGGCUCAUAAGAUUGUGAAACAUGGAAUGUUGAAGUGUCAUCACCUCAGGAGAUAGUCAUACUGAUUACAGAAUGUGCCAUUUAGCUUUGUUAAUUGUUCACAAUUUUUUUUUGUUGGCUAGUGCAUUGAAGGCUCUCUUCCAUAAUAGCAUUGUGUUUCCAGGCUGUAAAAAUGUAUAUUGUAAUACAAAGCAAUGUUAUUUGACUGCAAACUAAAUCUAUGUAAUUUUUUACUCAAAAGAAGCAUUAAAUGUGUGAGAUUAUAAUUAA